AUGUUUUCUUCUCCAUCAUCAUUAAAAGAAGAUGAAUCAUUUUCUUCUCAUCAAAGAUAUUAUUUUGGUCCAAGUCGUCUUUUAACAAAACGAAUUCAUAUUAAAUCUAAUAAUGGAACAUUAGAUUUUACAAUAACUGGUGGAAAUGAUCAUCAACCUAUUCAAGUUACUUCUGUUGUUUGGGCUUCACAAGCUUAUUUACAAGGAAUGAGACCUGGAGAUCAAAUUAUUUCUAUUAAUGGAAUUUCAUUUCAACAAAAUAUUAAUUAUGCACAAGCUCUUCAAAUAUUACAUUCUGCAAGUGAACUUGAUAUAAUAAUUCGAACACUUCGUGUAAAUGCUGUUGAUGCAACAUUAUAUGAUUGGUAUGAUCCAAUGCAACAGUGUUCAACAUCUCCACCACCUGGAAAUUAUCUAUCAAUAGAUGCUCAAUUACCUUAUUUUGAAAGAACAGUAACAGUUUUAGUUGAAAAAGGUAAACGUCUUGGUUUAGUAAUACGUGGUGGUGCUGAAUAUGGUCUUGGAAUAUUUAUAUCAGGUGUUGAUAAAGGUUCUCUUAGUGAUCAAGCUGGUCUUUGUAUUGGUGAUCAAAUAUUAUCUGUUAAUGGAAUUGAUUUUCUUCAUAUAACACAUUCUGAUGCUGUUCAAUUAUUAAGAAAUAUUGAUAAAAUGUCAUUUCAUUUAAGACAAAUAAAUAAAUUACCUAAACCAAAAGAUAAUAUUCAAAAAAUAAAUUCAAUAUCAACUCGAACAAGUCCUCGAAUAUUUCAAAAAAAAUUAGAUAAAAAUAAAUCUCAAUAUAAUGUUUCAUCAUCAUUAUCAAAUUAUUUAAUUAAUUCAAAAACAAAUUUUUUUCAAUUAAUUAUUGAUAAAGAUGAUCAAUUUAAAAUAAAACAUCUUAUUUAUCAAUAUGAACAAAAUCAAAUUCAUAUUGAUCAAUUAAUUAAACCUUUAUUAGAAAUUUUAAAUAAACAAUAUCAACAAUAUAGAAAUGAAAUAAUUGAAUCAAUUAGAAGAUUUAUUCGUCCAAAUGAUCUUGAUCGUUUUGAUAUUAAUAUAAUAAAAGAUGAUUUAAAUACUUUAAAGUUAUCUCAUGAACGUCUUGUUCGAAGUUCUUUAUCACCAACACGAAUGUCACUUCAACCACCAAUUAAUAAUAUGUCGAAAUCAGUUGAAAAUUUAUCAAUUGAAAAAGAUCAAGGUUUAAUUCGUCCAAAAUCUUUAUUAUUGAAUGAACAAAUAAAAAAAUCAUUUGAUGAAUAUUCUCCAAAAAUUCAAAGAAAAUUUUCAACUGAAAAUAAAAAUAGUUCAAUGAAUAAUUUAUCUGAACAUAGAAAUUCAUUAAGAAAAACAAAAAGUCUUCAUAAUGUUGAUAAACAAGAACAAUAUUUAUCAUUGAAUAAAUCUCGAUCUAAUUUAACUAUUGAACAAAUGAAUAUUAUUGAAAAUUUUCUCAAAGAUUAUUCAUCACCUUAUCCAUUAACAAUUCAUAAAGUUCGUUCAACAUUAGGUGUGGCUAUUGAAGGUGGUUUUCAAGAUAGAAUUCCAUUACCAAGAAUUGUUUAUAUGCAGCCUGAUGGUUGUGCAUAUGUAUCAAGUGGUCUUCGUGUUGGUCAUGUUAUUGUUGGUUUAAAUGGAUAUUCAAUGAAAGGUUUAUCACAUCGAGAAGCUGCUUUAUUUAUAGCAUCAUCAUUUAAAGAUAAAAAUACAUCACGAAUGGAUUUAUUAGUUGUUGAACCAUUAAUCGAUGAACAAUAA